AUGGACUGGGCUUCUAUUUGCCAAAAUUCCCUCUAUCUUUUCAAAGUAGCUAGUGGACAGAAAACCUGUGGUAAUGUCAGACUGGUUCUUCGAGGUUUUGCAUGUAGAUUCGUGUGAGUGGUUAAAACCAACCUUUGGAUCCUCAAAAAAAGGUCCAUUUCCCCUGAAUAGAGAUGGCCCUUUGAUGGAGUUACAGAUACAAAGGUUAUAUGAACAUUUUUCCGGGAACAACGUUGUUUCCAUGGAAUGGCGGUGUUCCCUGAAUAGAGGUGUCACAAAAGAGAGGUUCCACUGUACUUAGAAUACUCUCUUGGAAAGAAAAUCUUAAAAUUUUCUCACUUCGAUAAAGCUGAAAGCGCUCAGUCCCCGUGGAACUUGUGGAGUUGAUUACCGGCAGAUUUAUAAAUUUGUUCCCCAUUAGUUAUUUAUCUAUCUAUUUAUUUGGUUUCACCGCGCAAAGCCUAGAGUCUUGUUAAGUUUCGAUAAGUUUUCUGGUCAUGACACGAUCGACACCCAUCCAGAGAUUGGUCUCGUGAAUGGUAAUAAAAAUUUACAGCGUUACUCAGCUAGCUUUUCGCUAAAAAGAAAAGAAAAAAAAAAACAAGACCAACUUAAACAUGUUGAUUUCCAAUAGAAUUGAUCUGUGAUGAACAGAAAUAAAUUAUUUACCCCGUUUGACUGCAACACACCUAUUUGUAAAUGGUGUAAUGAAAAAUUCACAGUCCUCAUUCCCAGUCUUUUUCUUCGUCAUGUGUGAUCCUCAAACACCUCGGUGACGCUUACACGAUAAGCAUUUGGAAUUAAUGAGAGGAUCGUGGAGAUCGAAAAAACUAUGGAAAUUGUAAAGGAAGAUUUUCUUUGUAGAAAGCACAUUCAGUUCUUUAAACGAUGCUUAGAAGUACUGCCAUCGCCCUAUAGCUCUUUAGAUACCAGCAGGUUUGUUUACUUGCCAUCGAAUGGCACCUAGCGGAUUUUAUUAUACUCUUCCUUAAGCAAAUUUUUGCGUUCUACACUACUGUCAGACAGAUUGGCCAUCACUACGACUGUCACAGUAUUUCUUCUUCAUUCCUGAUGUUUUGAUGACUUUUGCAUACGGCUUUCGAAAUAUUGAAGAAUGAUCUGUAAGCCCGGCUAACUUAAAUGAACUUUCUCAUUAACUCUUUUGAAGAGUUAAUUGAGCUCUGUAACAUACACUGUCAUUUACUCUUUAAAACAACAGGGAUGGAUGUCAGUCCGGAAUUUAUCAAUAUUGAUUUUCGAAGUUGACCAGGCUUUUUCGGAGCAAUUUGUAACUUAUCAACUCUGUGUGAACUGAAGGCCUGUUAGAUGUAGAAAUUUUUGGUUUGGUGGAAUCAUGUUAAGGAAUGUCGUUUUUAAGUAUAUAUUUAAGCAUGUUUAUUUAUUUUUGUAUUUAAUCAUUCAUUUAUGUACUGAAUAAGACUUUGAAAAUUUGUCCAGAAACAAUGUAGAAGAUUAAGAAGAUUAAUCACUUCAUCAUAGGUGUUUUUGUUUUACCUCAGAUAAUGUGAUAAUUUUAUUUUGUAGAAUAACUGUGGCAUUCUUUGCUCUUUCUGGUUUGGAUAUAUUGAAUUCACUUGACUCAGUUGAAAAUGACAAAAACAACAUUAUUGAAUGGAUAUACCAUAACCAAAAGCUUCCUAGUGAAUCUGGUAAGUAUUUUUCAGUUGUAUUGACUCAGUUGUACUGAUUCAUCGAAAUACCAACACUAGUCAGUUAUAAGUAGUCCCUGUUUACACAGAUACUGAGGUUGUCCAUGAUCUAUCAUCCCAUUGUAACAAAGUAUGAAAUAUGUGCCUGGCUGUGUGUUUUUAAUUACAUGUAUGUUCUAAUUGCUUUUUUCCUUAAUUGUGGUCAUAGCUUACUACUUUUGGUUAUAAAUGCUUCAUCUAUCUGCAACCCUUUAAAUCUUAACAACAGUAUGCAUAUUCUCCAUUCUGUUCUCCAUAGAUUUCCUAAGGUUCUGACAAGGAGAAUUUAAUUCACAAUUAAGAGCUUCUUUAGUUUGGUGAUUCAGUGGUGACAUUGUAAGAAGAAAUUAGAUGUUAAUCACUUUGAGGGGUCAAAGGGUUUAAUUCUUUGUAAAGCAUUUGGAGUUAAAAUGCAUAUAAAUUUAUUAUAAAUUUUUUUCUUUAGAUAAUUCAAGUAUAUUUAGAUGCGGUUUCCGGGGAUCAUCAACAACAGCCUGUGACAGAAUGCUCUCACAGGUACAGUUAUUAUAAAUUGUUGCAUUUUGGUUUACAGACAGACUUCUUUUGCUGUGGUUUUGUUGUUCCCACUUCAAAGGAAUUAAGUAGAUACUAGGUAACAAUUACCUUUAUCUUUUAUAUAGUGUUAUUGUUCCCACUUUUUAAAAAAAAUUAGAUGCCUGUUAAUAACAACUAGGUUUUUUUCAUUCAGUGGGAAAUGACUUUGUUGGAAAUAUUUUACCAGGUAGUAAAUCUUAGAAAAUAUCACGAACUUAGCUGAAACUGUGUUAUGCAAAAUCACUGAGUGUAGGAGUGUACAAGGGGUUUGGUGACUGUCAGUUCAUUUUCACUUUAGGGCAAUUGAUAGGGUGAGUUCUAACUUAAACUUUUAACUCCUAAUUAUGACCAGGACAGAAUUUCUACUACAUUAUCAAUACAGUAUCAAGCAUACAAGUGUCAAGAAUAGAGAAGAAAAUUAGGGAACUACAAGUUGAUACAGUACCAAAUUCUCCAAAUUGAUAUCAUAAGUAUUUUAUGGCAGGCAGUAAGGAUGAGAUCUUGGGAGUGAGAGGGUUAAAGUUAUUUAUGUCUACAGGAACCACUUUGUGCAGUGAUUGAGUGAUGGUAACCUCUAUCAAUAUGCUUUUUGGUGUUCAGAUCAUCCCUGGGCAUUUAGUUCUUGCAUUUAAUGCAUGUUCUAUCAGACAAGCUUAAAAUUGUCUCCCUAUUCUCAGCAUUUUGCAUUCUGUAAGGUUUUUGUUCUCCAUCUUGUCAGCUCCCUUUAGAUUGGGUUUUGUCAUUGUAAGUUCAGUUCAUGCAAAUAUCAUCAAGUUUCUUAUUAUUUUUCAUUGUAAUGAUGAUCUUCUUUCAACAGAAGUAAAGGUUUCUUUUUUAUUUAAAGGAUGUUUGUGAGUAUGACUGUAGUCAUAUUGCUAUGACUUACACAGCCCUGGCCAGCCUGCUUAUUUUAGGAGAUGAUUUAUCAAGAGUGAAUCGACCAGCCGUAAUUGCAGCUCUGAAGGCCUUACAGCUUCCUGAUGGCAGGUCAGUGAUCUGUUUUUAUGCAGCUAUACGAGUAUGAUUAUUAUACAGUUGGACUAAUAACUUUGUCAUUUAACCCUAUAACUCCUGUUAGUGACCAAGACAGAAUUUCUUGUUACAAUAUCAAGAACACAAGUGAUUAGGAUAAAGAAAAAUAUCAGUGAGGGAAUUAUAAUUUUUUUCUGAACCAAAUUCUUAGAAUCAACAACAUAAAAAUUGUAUACCAGAUAGUAAGGAGAAUUACUAGUAAUAUCUUGGGAGUAAAAGGGUUAAGAAAUUGAAUGUAAAAUCAUAUUUAUUCACUGGUGCAUGUGCAAGAGACUCUGCUUGAAUUGAUAUUUUUUGUGAAAUUUCCAUAAUUAUUUAAAUGUCAGUUCUUUAAAUGUGAAAAAUAUGUAAAAUAGCAUUUUACCUUUAUAAUUCACCAAUGAAUAAACCUGGUGAGCUUUCGCAUGAAAAUAUAUCUUCCCUCAAAUCAAAUCGAAGGAUUAUUUGGGUUCAGCCUCUGUAAAUGAAAUUCAAGCCCUUCACUCUGCUACUCACUGGAUUUGUUCUUGUUCUUCCAAGCUCAUAUUUUAUGCUGUGCUAGUCUGCCUGGUCUAGUCUGCCUCCAGUCAUUUGAUAUUUUUAAACACAUUUGUUUCCAAUUUUGUUGGUAUAGGCCCUGAAAUGCCCUGUUUGAGAAGAGGUCAAUUAAGUAUAUAUAAACAGUUAGUGGUACAGGUGGCUUAAAUUUGUAUUUUUUACCACAUGGUUUUACAGCUUCCAGCCCACAAUGGAUGGUAGUGAAAAUGACAUGAGGUUUAUCUACUGUGCCUGUUGUAUAAGCUACAUUUUAAAUGACUGGAGUGGAGUGGACAUUCCUCGAGUUGUUCAGUACAUCAAGGAAAGCAGGGUAUGAAUAUUUGUACUCAAAUAUCAUUACAUUGUGCUUUUCUUGGAACUUUGAGAAUCUUGUUUGUACAUAUUACAAACAUUGCUUAUCAACAAUAAAACUUAAAAAGUGACAAUAAAACUUUAAAAAAGUGACCUUCUCCUCUCAUUUUUUGUUCUUUAGUCAUAUGAUUUUGGAUUUGGUCAAGGACCUAGCUUGGAAGCUCAUGGUCAGUUAUAAUGGAACAGUUUUCUUUCUAUUAGGAGUUAUUUAAUAUAAUUGUGGUAUUGACUUAUCAAAAAUUUUAACUUUGAUUAACAUAAUUCACAUUCAAGCUGAUUGUUAUCCCCUCCCUGUUGCAAACUGGGUCAAAGGAACCUCUGGCAUAACAUUCAUUAAAACAAUUUUAAUCCUUUUAAACAUUUAUGUGCACUGUGCAAGAUGAUUUACAUGUGUUGGGUUCAGGAAUUAUCUGGAAUGUCACCGGAAAUUGUGGCCAAGAUGCUCACUAUCAUGGACUUAAGUUAGAAUUUCUGCUAAAAGAGAGAUGAGCUACAAAUGUAUGGGUUAGUGGCAUUCACCUCUAUCCCCUCCUUGUGCUAGUGAUUAAAGUGAAGCAAUAAUCAGGCAAAACCUUUUAAUGAAGUUUCAACAAGGAGUUAUUGAUAAAAACCUUUCACCAGCCAAGUUUGAGCUCCCUACUGUUUGUAACAGACAAAGUUAUUUCCAUUGGAUUUAUGGCCGAAGAGGAACUGGGCAUACCAUAAAUCAGAGCAUGAAAAACCAGGUGCAGUGACAACUUACAGUAUGAACCAAGAAAAUGAGGGUAGUAAAAUAUUUAUCAUAUCUCUGAGUUCAAAUAGUGGGGAAAGAUUUCAACUCAAACAAACUUAUGUACAUAGAGGGCUGUACAGUGAAAUACAGCCAGCUAAAUUGAUUAAUCGUAGUACACAUAUAAACUGUGAGAUACCAGAUAUAAUAAGAUAAGCUAUGUGAUAGGAUGAUAUAAUAUGAGUGUCUUUUCUUUAAUAUUAAUUAAUCUAUUCUUAUGGUCAUUACUUUAAAGGUGGGUCCACAUUUUGUGCUUUAGCAUCUCUUGUGUUAAUGGAUCAGCUUGAUUCCUCCUUUGAGGCCAAAGAACUUGAAAGAAUAAAGAGGUGGUGUCUAGUGCGUCAGAAGUCAGGCUUCCAGGGUCGCCCCAAUAAACCAGUUGAUACAUGUUAUUCCUUUUGGGUUGGAGCUUCAUUAGAGGUAUGAAGUUAAGGACUAUUGAAAUUUGUUAAAAUAUGUUAAUUACCAGUACAUGACUAUGAUCCUUAUUAAGUGCCUCUCUCAAAUGCUCUUCUGCUUUGAAUCUGAUGGAAAAUGCAUUUAGCCUCCUUUUCUUUGUGAUAAAUGGAAUUCAGAUUUAUGGAUGGAGUAAUUUACAAUAGACCUUCACUUGUCCCUAUCAGAAGCAAUGACACUAAGUUUCCUUUGUAUGUGUUUUUAGUUACUUGGUGCAUUCUCAUGCUUGGAUUUCCCAGCCAAUCGGGAGUACCUUAUUUCAGCCCAAGCAACAAUGACAGGAGGCUUCAGCAAGUGGCCUGGUAACCAUCCUGGUAAGACAGUCAAACUUAGCCCUAAGAAAGACACCAAGUUUAACUAUUGCACAGAUUCAGGUUAUCAAUUUAUUGUAGACUGUUGUAAAUCUAUGAUGAACAUACAGUACUGUUUCUUUUUCAGAUGCUCUGCAUACAUAUUUUGGACUUUGCGGGAUGUCUCUGAUGCAGGAACCUGGCUUAAAUUCAAUUCAUGCGGCAUUGAAUAUUACACAGAGAGCUGCUAAUCACUUAAAUAAGUUACACAAGCUAAUGAAUAGAUGAUAACUGUUUUGGUAUUUGUUUGUUAUCUAUUUUUAUGGAUGCAAAAAUUAGUAACCAAAUUUUUUUAGAACUUGAAAAGCUGGCACACACACAAAUAGGCUAUUGAAAGGAAAGCCCAUAGUGAAGAUUUCCUGGAAGGGCAUACAUUCUGAGGGGCAGAGAAUGCUCUCAUUUUGGGAAUUGUGAUGAGUGGAUUUACGUGAUAAGCCAAGAGUCAAGAUGUUGAUUGCACUAGGAGCAUUUCUUCCCUAAGUUUCUCUAAAUUUCAAGCAGUUAGUCUCUGAGAGAAAAAGGUUUAAGACAUGGAUGUCACCUUGGCUUAUUCUCCCUGAGGAAUGUGCAACUAAACACUGAGAAGUGAUAUAAGCACACAUACAUGUUAUGACGUUUCCGUGGGCUGUAAAGAGAAAAUUUACCUUUGACACCUAGGGAAGGUCUCAGACAAUUUUUAACUACUUAUUAGUAAAGGCACUGUAGUGUUUCAUGUAAAUUUAGUGACAAAAGUGAUAUAAAAUGUUACUGGAAUUUCAAUGUAGUAGGUGACAUAAUAAAUCUAAUCCAAUGCAUGAUCAUUGCCACUCAAAUAAAUUUUGUUUUAAUGGAUGCUUGUCAAAUAACUACUGACACCAGAACAGUUGUUUCUUUAUUUUCAUUUGUGAGAUUCAAUUUGUUACUCUCUUGGCGACUUUCUUGCUAGAAUCUCUGAUAUCAUAACUAAAAAUUGAUCAUCAAUAUUGUUGUUAAAAAUAUGAUUACCGUAUUUAUUACACCCAUUUUGAAAUCACUGGUGGUCCCUGUAAUCUGAUUGGCUCUAAUUGGUGUGAUUUAUUCUUGAAUCCCACCAUUUUUUGCUUUAAAUUGCAUCUUUUUCCCAACCAAUGAGGAGGCUACACUAAAAACAAAACAACCAAUCAGAUUUCAAGGUUUACUGAAAAUAACCAAUCACAUUGCAGGGAAAUGAAGGGCAACGAGUAUCACGAGGCAAAUUUUGCAACUUUUGUUUCCAAAACUCUUAUUAAACCAAGAAAACAUUUGAAUCAUGACACAACCAUGCCAUCAGACAACUUGAUGUUCAAAGUCAUUAAGGGUUUUACUUCAUUUAAUCAAUAACAUUUAUCUGUUUCAUAGUGAUUGUUUAGUGCUACAACCUUGUGUGUGAGAGAACAUGGCCUGUUCCAGGUGUUUAAUUAGCAAACUGGGAUGAUGUUUGCAGUAGAGUGAAAAAGCAAAGGUGUGGGUAAGGAAUGAGACCUGACCCAAACAUCACUCCUUUUUUCACUGCUCUGCUACAAUUUUGGCAUUAGCUAUUGCACUUUGUUUUAACAACUGAAUGCCAGGAACAGGUUUGUUUAGAGCAUAAUCUAUGACAGAAAUUUUAGAGAUAGUAAAGCAAAUGUAAUGCAUACAGCCAGU